AAUAAACAAAGGUAGGAUGUCGUCGGCUCUACUUGGGGGCAACACUUGUCUCCUUCCUCCCCCAACCGACAACACCUGUAUCCGUGGUUUGCUAACCCUGUUUUCUCCUGUUACUUCAGAGAAGUGAGGUGCGGUCAACCCAAAUUUCCAGCGUGUGAGAAAAGCAGCCGGUCAGUGUCUGAGGUCACUUGUUUGGGAAAGCGCAGGAGGGAGUCACGAUGUCUUUGGAUCUGUCAGAAGCUUUAGGUGGGGGUGACGAUGCGCUGAAGAAGGAUGAUGCUCAGAAGGAUGAGUUUAACUUCCCCUGGAGCAAGGACAAGGAUAAGGACAAGGAUAAGGAAGACAGCAAGGAUAAGUCUGAUAAAAAGGACAAGUCUGAUAAAAAGGACGAGUCUGACGAAAAGGACAAGUCAAAGGACGGAGAUGGCAAAGAACACAAGAGCAAGAGCAAGAAGAAAAAGGAAAAGGAAAAGAAGGAAGGAUACGAAUCAGGCUCAGCCUCAUGCUCAUCUUCAUCCUCAUCCUCAUGCUCAUCCUGCAGCAGUGAUGAGGGUUGAUGCUUCCUGCAGGGACCAGACUGCUCUGUUGAUCUCUUAUGAUCUUGUCUGUUGACAGAAUGACUGUGUGGUAGUAGGCCUGACACCUUUCCUUGCUUUCCUUUCAUUGGUGUCACAGAAACAUGCUGCUCUUGUUUAAACAAGCUUGCUGAUUUAUUGAAGUAAAUGUUCUGACAAGGAAA